AUGGACAAGGAAGCCAGAAAACCAUCUUCCAAGACGGCGUCGUCCAAAGACAAACGGCCCAAGGACAAGGACAAGGACAAGAACAAGGACGACUCCAAGGUGCACAAGCUGUCGCUCAAGGGCAGCUCAAGGCUGGUUGCUGAAUUUUUCCAAUACUCGAUACAUACAAUCCUAUUCCAACGAGGCGUCUACCCAGCCGAGGAUUUUACAGCCGUCAAGAAAUAUGGCCUCAACAUGCUCGUCUCCGCCGAUGACCAAGUCAAAGCCUACAUCAAGAAAAUCAUGAGCCAGCUUGACAAGUGGAUGAUUGGCGGCAAAAUCUCCAAGCUCGUCAUCGUCAUCACCGACAAAGACACGGGCGAACACGUCGAGCGCUGGCAAUUCGAUGUCCAAAUCUCAGCUCCACCACCAAAAUCCAAAUCCAAACCCCCCACAGACCCUUCCGCCCCGAUCACCGCCGAACAAGAGCAACAACAAGAAAACACCUCCGCCUCCUCAACAAACUCCCUCUUCGCCGAAAAAGACAAGCCCGAAGCCGAGAUCCAGGCCGAAAUCGCCGCCAUCUUCCGCCAAAUCACCGCCUCCGUCACAUUCCUCCCCCAGCUCAGCGGCGACUGCACAUUCAACGUCCUCGUCUACGCAGACGCCGACAGCGACGUCCCCGUCGAGUGGGGCGACUCGGACGCAAAAGAAAUCGAGAACGGCGAGAGGGUCCAGCUCAGGGGCUUCAGCACGGCGAACCACCGCGUCGAUACGCUCGUCAGCUACCGGUUGGGGGACUGA